CACCGGGCCGCACCGGGCCGGGCCAUGCGCUGACGCCGCCGCGCAGCCCGCAGCCAAGGGCGGAUCCCGGGCAGGACACGCGGCGCCGCGUCUCGGGCCACGAUGCCGGAGCAGAGCAACGACUACCGGGUGGUGGUGUUCGGCGCGGGCGGCGUGGGCAAGAGCUCGCUGGUGCUGCGCUUCGUCAAGGGGACCUUCCGCGACACCUACAUCCCCACCAUCGAGGACACCUACCGCCAGGUCAUCAGCUGCGACAAGAGCGUCUGCACGCUGCAGAUCACCGACACCACGGGCAGCCACCAGUUCCCGGCCAUGCAGCGCCUCUCCAUCUCCAAGGGCCAUGCCUUCAUCCUGGUCUUCUCCGUCACCAGCAAGCAGUCGCUGGAGGAGCUGAAGCCCAUCUACCAGCAGAUCGUGCAGAUCAAGGGCAGCGUGGAGAGCAUCCCCAUCAUGCUGGUGGGCAACAAGUGCGACGAGACCCAGCGGGAGGUGGAGACCCGCGAGGGCGAGGCCGUGGCCAAGGAGUGGAAGUGCGCCUUCAUGGAGACCUCGGCCAAGAUGAACUACAACGUGAAGGAGCUCUUCCAGGAGCUGCUGAACCUGGAGAAGAGGAGGAACGUCAGCCUCACCAUCGACGGGAAGCGCUCCAGCAAGCAGAAGAGGACAGACAAAAUCAAGGGGAAGUGCAGCAUCAUGUAGAGCCCCGGACUGGCCCUGGCCCCGCUCCCGGUUCGCCCUCUCCCCCCUCGAAGUCCGGACGUCGGCACCGCAGCUGGGCCCGUCCCCUCGCCCGCCACGCGAUCACUGUGACUGCGCCGGGGCCGCGGCGGCCGCUCGCCCUUCCCGCGGGAACGCCGGGGGAGCCGUGGGGCGGCCGCUCCUCCCCACGCCCGGGGGGCUGCAGAGGCGGCACGGGGGUCUGUGGGCCCGGCCCGGCGUGGGGGGGGCUGCGCUUGCCCCACGCCGCGUCUGCACCCACACACACGCCCAUGCACACCCCCGUGCACCCCCGUGCACACCCCCGUGCACACCCGUGCACACACCCCCCCCCACGCACCCGCUGCAGCACGCUGGUGGCCGGAGGCCCCCGCACAGCCCGGGGCAGCAGGACGGGACGGGACAGGACGGGACCAGACGGGACCCUCGUGGCCGCACGGGGACAGGGGCCACCGCGGGGCCCUCCGGGCAGCCGAGGGGACGGAGCCCCCGCCGCCGCCGCCGCGUCCCCGCCGCCCGCCCGCCCGCCCGGGAGCUGCCAGCCGAAGCACAAAGCAGGGGCCCGCGCGCGGCCGCCCCAGCACAACCCUGGCCAGCUCCGACCCCGGCGCGGGGCCACCCGGCCCCUCCGGCGCCUCGGGGCCACCCCAGCCCUGACGCCGGGGUGAUGGGCGCUGCGCCCCGCCAUGGCCUGGCCGGACCCCCCCGUGCGGCCCCCCUCGCCCGGCCCCGCGGCGCCGCUCCGGCCCCUCCGCGCUGCGCCCAGCUCCCCCCAUCACCGGCUUUUUACAACACGCCACAAGCGACCAGGGGACGAGGUGACGUUGCGCUGUAGCCUUUACUCUAGAAAUAGUCUUCCUUCAAUAAAGAGAUGAGAAACUGC